UUUGAAUGUGUUGGGCUAUAAAUACUUUGCCCUGCUUGUCUCCUCUCAAUUGAAUCUGUUUUGAUCCAUUCAACUCUGCAAAAAGAUCUAACAACGCCCAUUGAGUUUUUAGAGACCAGAAGAAGAAAAUAAAAUGUGCCCUCCAACUGAGAGAAGGGAGACGAGGGGAUUGAGGGGUCCUUCCCCCACUGUGAAAGAGGUCUUCAACGUCUUAGACAAAGAUGGAGAUGGAAGAAUUGCUUUCAAUGAUAUCCAAGACUUCUUCAACAACCACAAACAAACUCAUCUUAGCAGAGAGGAGAUUGAAUCCAUGAUCUCUGUUGCAGACAGAAAGCAUAAUGGGUUUGUGGAGUUUGAAGAGUUUGAAGGGCUUAUGACUGGUUUGAUGAGGGUGGAACAAAAGAAUGAAGGAAACAGUGCAUUGGAGGAGGCAUUCAGAGUGAUGGACAGGGAUGGAGAUGGGGUUGUCAGUGUGGGAGAUUUGAAGAGCUUCAUGGGCGAGGCAAUGCACCAAUUGAAUGAUGAGGAUGUGGUGGAGAUGAUAGAGGCAGCUGGUGCUUCUGCUCAGUCAGGCAUCUGCUAUAAGGAUUUUCUGGCUCUCAUGAUCACCAUGAUAAAUGUGUCCCUGUGAUUCUGCUUUUGGGGUCCAACACAAUCUCUUCUGGAUUGAUGUGAACAAUUUUUUUAAAUGUGAACAGAGAGUUUUCAAAUUGGUUCUACCUAUAUUUGUUUUCCGAUGUGUUUCCCAAUAGCCCAAGAAGCAGAGAAUGAAAAUUUA